CCCAAACCCAGUAAAUUAAUUUAAUAAUUUUACUGUCAUUGUACUGCCUAUGGUGAAACUGUGAUUGAUUCUAUGGUAAAUCAUGGCAAAGAAAAUGAAGAAUUCUGAUCAGAGAGGAAGGUUUGAGUACUUACAGGCUCUUGUUAAUGAAUUUCAGACGACCAAAGCGAAAGACUAUAAGCUACAAGUUUUGGCUAAUCUUGCCAAUUUUGCAUAUGAUCCAGUGAACUAUGAUUAUUUCAGAGAACUUAACAUAUUAGACCUAUUUCUUGAUGUUGUUGCUGAAAGUACAGAUGAAAAGAUGAUUGAAUUUGCAAUGGGUGGAAUAUGCAACUGUUGCUUAGAUGAAACAAAUCAAAACUUCUUCCUUGAAAGUGAUUGCUUGGACAUAGCAAUAAAAUGCUUAAAGUGUACUAAUGAAGAGACAGUUUUAUCUGCUAUAACAACACUGCUUUAUCUCAUUACUCCAGUCUCAAGAAAAGUUAUUGUGAAUCGUCAAGUAUGUGACCUAAUGAAACAAUUUCAGAAAUCAUCAAACAAGAGACUAAGCAAUUUAGCAACUAUAUUUUUACAGAGGUGCCUCCUCCACAGCAAGACCACAAACCUGCAUAAACUCCUGCUGCUACUAAGUGUUUUGUUAUUACAACAUUUAGUGUGUCAACUUGUAAGCCUUAGUUGUUUGCUAAAAUCCUUAAGAAUUUGUGAAGUGUAACAUGUUAAAA